UUACUGGCUUCCUCCAAGAGCAUCUCGUUCCUCGGCUGCUUCACCCAGAUGUUCUUUUUUGUCCUCUUGGGAGGCACUGAAUGCUUUCUUCUGUCCUGCAUGGCCUAUGAUCGCUACGUAGCCAUCUGCAGCCCUCUACUCUAUCCAGUCAUUAUGUCCCCAAAACUAUGCCAUAGCCUGCUCUAUGGUUCCUAUACAAUUUGUUUUAUGGAAUCUACUGUGAAUGUAGUUUGCAUGAGCAGAUUGCAUUUCUGCAACUCUAAUGUCAUCCAGCACUUUUUCUGUGACACAACCCCAAUUUUAGCCCUGUCCUGCAGCGACACCUAUGAGGAUGAAAUCAUUAUAUUCACUUUUGCUGGGUCCACCCUAGUAGCAUCUCUCAUCACCAUAUCUGGAUCCUACGUGUCCAUUCUCUCCACUAUCCUGAACAUCAAUUCCACUGCAGGGAAGAAAAAAGCCUUCUCGACCUGCGCCUCUCACCUCCUGGGAGUCACCAUCUUUUACAGCACCAUGACCUUUACUUACUUAAAACCGAAGCAGUCCUACUCCUUGGGAAAGGAUCAGGUGGCCUCUGUGUUUUACACGAUCGUGAUCCCCAUGCUGAACCCUCUCAUCUACAGCCUCAGAAACAAAGAGGUGAAACAUGCUGUCCUUAGACUCCUGCAGAAGAGAAGGGGCUGCAGGCAAUUAAAACAGCAGUGGCAUUAA